ACCCUGGCCUUCUUUCCCUUUCUUUCAGCCGCAUCCCUUCUCCCCAGUUCUUAGCCGUCGUCUCCAUACAUCAUUCCCGUUCACCGCCGUCUCCAUUCAUCACUCCCGUCAUCGACUUCACCAUUAUAUCGCUUCCCUUCAUCGCCGUUGCCAUCAUAGUUGAUGCAGAUGGAAACCUGGCCAUAGUUGCAUACAGUCGAUCAGUCCGUUGAGUUUUUCUCCAAUAUUCUCACCAUCGGCAAUUUCUUUUCAUCAUCACAUAUGCAUAAUAGUUCUGCAAGCUACAAUUUACCAAAUACAAUUGAAAUUUCAGAGAGGGAGACUAGGGUUUCAAGUUAAAUCACUUAAUUUUCAGUUAAAGUAUCAUUGAAGGGAUAUUGUUAUCAACACAGGAUCAAUGGAGGAGUCAGCACAGAGAAAAGAAAGACUAAAAGCCAUGCGAAUGGAAGCUUCUUCACAGGAGGGGCCCACUUACAAUGAAGGGGGUGAGCCAUCAGCGGUUAGCCUCUCGAACCCACUUCUUGAACCCAUGGCUAACCCCAAUAGUCAGGUGCACCCAUCGGGUCAGACUUUUAAUUAUUACACUAACCCUAUGGCUGCAUACUCUGGGAACAAACAGAAGACCAAUGUCAACCCUCAGAUGUCAAACGAAUAUUCAUCAAUUCUGCCAAGGCCACAGACGAAUGACAUGUUUCCUUCACCUUCCUUCCGACCCCAUUUAAAUCACUCAUCAAUUCCCAGAAUGCAGCCACCACCACAUGGACAAUAUCAAAACCCUAAUUUUUCUUAUACACCCAAUACCCCACAACCACAAGGUGGGUACCCUGGCCCUGGACCCUACCGUGGUCCCCACUUCACCAGUGGGCCAGGCCGUGGCAACUACCCUAGUCCAGGGCCAAGGUACCCUUUUCCUGGCCCUAGUCCAGGAAGAGGGUACAGAUACCCUAGUCCUGGACCCCACCUCAACCAUGGUUCAGGACCAGGGUACCCUACCUCUACCUCUGGUCCUAACCAAGGACGAGGUCAAUGGUUCGGGAAUAACAUGAGCUCGGGCAGGGGUAUGGGCAGGGGUAGGUGGUCAGGACAAGGACAAGGACAAGGACAAGGACAAGGUGGAGGGCGUGGGGCCCACUAUGAUGUGACGGCAGAAGAUCGGCCGGAUCUUUUUUACAACAAGUCAAUGGUGGAAGACCCUUGGAAGUUUCUAGAACCUGUGAUUUGGAAGUCCCUAAAGAAACCAAAACCAUGGCUUCUGUAUUCUUCUAACACAAAAAAACAGAGAGUCUCACCUUCAAGACAUCAGCAACAGCAGUCUAGUUCUCAACCAAGCCUUGCAGAAAUCUUGGCUGCAUCGUUUAAUGAAGCUGCAACUGGUGAACAGGAUGCUGCUCAAUGAUUUUUUUUAGGGUUGUGAAUAUUUGAAUUUUUGGUUGAAUUUGUUUAUGGGAAAUUAAAGUAAUCCAGUAAACUUGUAUGGAUUUUUUUUUUAGUUUGUAGGUUUUGUUGUUUAGGAAAUAGUUUAACUCUGACAAGAGUAUGUAGAAGUUUAUUUGAGCGAGUCUAUGGAAUCAUUCCAAAGUCAAUAAUAGACUUAUGUUAAGAUGA